UUCUUGAAAUCGCUCUUCUAAACCUCCCUUCAAUGAAGACAAAAAAUGGGAUAAGAAACAUGGCGGCACACACUUCCUUCCUCUUCUCCCUGCAUUUUCCAGUCCUCCAAACACUCUCUCAGUAAGCUUUCUCUCUCCUCUUUACCCACUUCCUCUCUCCUAAAAAUCCCUCUUCUCUUCUCUGCACAAAUCCAUUUUAAACCUCUUUAUCUGCUUAAACUCCUCAGUUUCUCCAGACAAUUCGAAAUACAUGGUUCUUUCCAAUGCCUCUGUUGUUAGCAUGAACUCUUGAGAAUAAUCUUUGGGGUGAGAACAAGUAGGGCUUUAAAAUAUGGAUAUUUCAGUGCCCACAAAGCAAACCCAUCAUGGGUUUUGCUCGUUUCAUUGUAUUCAUGGUCAGAGCACGAAGAACCAUAGAUUGGGUGCGAGAAUUGGGGCUAGGGUUUGUUCUAAUUUGAGCUCCGUGGAGGUAUUGGUGGGUCACAGAGCUCGUUUUCUUGUUCUUUCGGUUAAUAGUGGUGGUGGGUUGAGAAAACAACAAGGGUUUAGAAAGCAGAGGCGAAAUCGGAUUUGUGCUCUUUCAAAGGUUGAAACUUUUAGUUCUAAUGGAAGGUUGUUGAAUUCUGAGAAAACCCAGUUGGGGCAACCGAGUGGUUGUAGUCCAUCUUCGAGUCAAGAGAAUUAUUCACAGAGUUUUGAAGAACUCCAGAGUAAUAAUUACCUUCGUAGAUUAGUUAGAAAUGGGGAAUUGGAGGAGGGUUUUAAGCAUCUCGAGAGCAUGGUUUAUCGGGGAGAUAUCCCUGAUAUCAUCCCAUGCACGAGUUUGAUUCGUGGGUUUUGUCGAAUUGGAAGGACUAAGAAGGCUACUAGGGUUAUGGAGAUUCUUGAGGAGUCCGGGGCGGUUCCUGAUGUUAUAACUUAUAACGUUUUGAUUAGUGGGUACUGUAAGUUGGGGGAAAUUGAUAGUGCGUUGAAGGUCCUGGAACGAAUGAGUGUUGCUCCGGAUGUUGUUACUUAUAACACAAUCUUGCGUAGUUUAUGUGAUAGUGGGAAACUAAAACAAGCGAUGCAAGUUCUUGAUCGACAGUUGCAAAGGGAGUGCUAUCCUGAUGUGAUCACCUACACUAUAUUGAUUGAAGCGACUUGCAAGGAGAGCGGGGUUGCACAGGCGAUGAAGCUUUUGGAUGAGAUGAGGAACAAAGGUUGUAAACCCGACGUGGUUACUUAUAAUGUUCUUAUUAAUGGGAUAUGCAAAGAAGGGAGACUCGAUGAAGCAAUUAAGUUCUUAAAUAAUAUGCCUUCUUAUGGUUGCCAACCCAAUGUAAUUACCCAUAACAUUAUAUUGCGUAGCAUGUGUAGUACCGGGAGGUGGAUGGAUGCUGAGAAACUCUUGGCUGAGAUGCUGAGAAAAGGCUGUUCUCCGAGUGUUGUUACCUUCAACAUCUUGAUUAAUUUCUUAUGCCGAAAGGGAUUGUUGGGCCGAGCUAUUGAUAUUUUGGAAAGGAUGCCCAAACAUGGUUGUACUCCGAAUUCAUUGAGUUACAACCCUUUGCUUCAUGGGUUUUGCAAAGAAAAGAAGAUGGACCGUGCAAUCGAGUACUUGGAAAUAAUGGUAUCUAGGGGUUGUUAUCCUGAUAUCGUGACUUAUAAUACUUUGCUCACUGCGUUAUGCAAAGAUGGAAAGGUUGAUGUUGCAGUUGAGAUUCUUAAUCAGCUAAGUUACAAAGGUUGCUCUCCUGUGUUGAUCACUUACAAUACAGUGAUUGAUGGGCUAUCAAAGGUUGGGAAAACGGAACAUGCUAUAAAGCUGUUGGAUGAGAUGCGCAAAAAGGGUCUCCAACCGGAUAUAAUUACCUACUCUUCCCUUGUGGGAGGGCUUAGUAGGGAAGGGAAGGUUAAUGAAGCCAUUAAAUUCUUUCAUGACUUGAAGCGAUUGGGUGUUAGGCCUAAUGCGAUCACCUACAAUGCUGUGAUGUUGGGGCUUUGUAAAGCUCGUCAGACUGAUCGGGCCAUUGAUUUCUUGGCUUACAUGGUGUCUAAGGGAUGUAAACCUACUGAAGCUACAUACACUAUUCUCAUUGAAGGCAUAGCUUAUGAAGGCUUAGCAAAGGAGGCUUUGGAGUUAUUGAACGAGUUGUGCUCCAGAGGAGUUGUGAAGAAGAGCUCGGCUGAACAGGUGGUUGUCAAGGUGUAACUAGUUACUCAUUUGUGAUUUCCAAAUCAUUUACUAUCUUCUUUUAUUAGCAUCAAUCUUAUUUUACUCGUCAUCAUGAGCGAAAUCCAAAUCAGUUUUGUUAGGCUGUCUGCGUAGUCAUGCUCUCUUUUUAUUUGGAUUUUGCUUUACAUACUGAGCAUUUCUCAUUGACUUUUGUAUACCUAAUGGUCUUGCUCUGUUGUCUAAACUUUUGAUUGUUUAUUGUGUUUUGUGUUGUCAGUUGCUUGUAUUAUGACAUAAUGGUUGGUUGUUUCUUUUAGGAGGAUUAUUGCUGAAACAGUUUUGUUACUUAUCA